GCCACGAUUUUUCGUAUCGUAAAGUAACAAAAAAAAAAGAAAAUGGAUUUAGAUUAUCUGACUGCGGUUUUAUCACAGUUUAAUCACAAUUUCGAAAAAGUGCAGCAAAACUUAAAUGACUAUAAACAAAAUGUGGACACUAUGCGACAAUCGCUAAUGGAAGAAAGCUGGUGCAAUCACGUUGCUCGUGCUGACGACGUUCGCAUUAAUUCCGUUUACGAUGGUUUAUUGAGCGGCAUUAACGAUGUCAACGAACAUUUAAUCAAAUUAGAUUUUCGCAUUAAUCUCAACCUCGCUGUGAGCAAUAUUAAGUAUAUGCGCGCCAAGGAAAUUGUUUGCAAAUGUGAUCGAGAAAUCAUGGAACAUAAGAAUAAUAAUAAAGAGAAUCACACAAAUCUGGAUGGCAUUGAGGUGGGCGAACUGGAUGAGGAGGAGCCGGCAACAAGCACGGCAACGCCAACUCGUACAAAGGAUGCACAUCAGUUGAUGGAGAUGCCAGAAAAUAAGGAAUCCACGUUGAUGAAGGUCUUCAAUUCGACUGAACAGAUUUCAAGGCUAGUGCUGCCCAUUUUCGCAGAGAAAAUACUUAGUUCGACUAAAAGCUUCAACUCGGCUGCACCACAGAAAAUCUCCAACCUGACAAAAAGCUCCUACUCUGUUGAACGGGGGUAUACUCCAGUGCUGCCCAUCCGAGCACAGGAAAUGCCUAAAUCUACAAAUAGCAUCUACUCAGCUGAACAGGUUUCUAAGCCAGGGCUGCCCCUUCCAGCAGCUGAAAUGUCCCUUUCGGCAAUUAGAUCCUAUUCCUUCAAGCAGAUGUCUAAUCCAAUUCUGCCCAUUCCAGCAGAGGAAAUGCCUAAAUCUACAAAUAGCAUCUACUCAGCUGAACAGGUGUCUAAGCCAGUGCUGCCCCUUCCAGCAGAAGAAAUGCCUCAUUUGGAGUAUAACUCCUAUUCUUUUAAACAGAUGUCUACGCCAAUGCUGCCCAUUCCAGCAGAGGAAAUGCUUAAAUCUACAAAUAGCAUCUACUCAGCUGAACAGGUGUCUAAGCCAGGGCUGCCCCUUCCAGGAGAAGAAAUGCCUCAUUUGGGGUAUAGCACCUAUUCUUCUAACCAGAUGUCUACGCCAGUGCUGCCCCUUCCAGAAGAAGAAAUCCCCCGAUCAUCAUCUAGCUCUAACCUUUCUAAGCAGAUGUCUACGCCAAUGCUGCCCAUUCCAACAGAAGAUCCAGCUGAUCAACUGUCUCUGCCAGUGCUGCCCAUUCCAGCACGACAAACAGCUUUGCUGCCUCCCAAAGGCGGUCGGAAGAUGUCGCGUGAUGAGACCUACAAAAAAUUGUCGAAGAACUUGUCCAACUUUCCCAAUGACAGCAUCGUCCAGGUGAAAAUGAUGCAUAUCAAUAUUUUGGAAAAAUGCAUUUUUAUAGGCAAAUGGGGAGAGGAUUCGGUGGGAUUGCGAGAAUUGAUGGCUUGCGAAGUGCCAAUCAAGGAACUCGACCAAUUUCCCGACUUUGGCAAGAUCUUUGGCGUUUAUGAUGCCCAGGAUCAGAUAAUAUCUCGUGUGCUGAUCAAUGCACCCGCUGAAGCUGGAGGUUACGAUGCAUAUUUGCCGGACUAUGGGGAACACGUUCAUUUAAAUGAAUACGAGAUGAUUUUUGGAUUACCCAAAGAUAUUGCGGAUUUGCCAGCGGAAGCCAUCAGAUGUAAUAUUCACAAUCAGGAUGUUAACUAUAUGAGACAGUUCAUCUAUAAGGAUGUGCGAUUGCGAAUAUUGGACAACAAUAACAUCGAUUUGGUGGCAGAGCUUUUGGAGGAUGCAACUGAAUUGGAAAACCACUUGGAUAGGAAAUUGGGUCAAUCUUAUGAGGAAUCAGCAGUAGUCGAUAAGGCAUCCGUUAAAUCCCCUAUGAAAUUGAGUCAAAGGGAUAUGGAAAUGAUGGAGUACGAUGAGCCAACUACUUCCAAUGCGGUCAAGGCGGUGCUAGGAUUUAAUCCAACGGAUGAUAAGCGCAUUUGUCGCCAUUACGAUCCAAAGAUUGGUGGAUGCUUUAAAGGCUCAAAUUGUCGGCUUUUGCAUGAGCCGCGUGCACUACAUGGCGCUACCAAGGACAAGGAGUUGUCGGAAGCAUUACCGGAGAUCCGCUAUGAAUCAUUUGUGAACAGAGAGCUGAGCAGCAUUGUACGUGUCCAGGUCACAUAUAUCAAUAGUCCGACCCAGCUGUAUGUGCAGUUUGCAGAUGAGACUUCGCCGUUGGUGUGGAGUAAAAUUGAUGUACCCGAUUCGGAGCGUAAAUUUAAACGUAAUCCACUUCCGUUGGACAUGGUGUUGGCGCUCUACCACGAUGGGUACUAUUAUCGUGCGCAGAUCUUGGAGGAAUUGAAUGGAAUUUUUAAAAUCUUUUAUGUGGAUUACGGCAAUACGGAGAUUGUCACCAUCAAAUCGCUGGCACAAUGCAACAAUAUCAAGAGCUUAAAACCUCAUCGUGCCGUUAGUUGCUUCAUCGAAGGCGUUAAACACAUUCCAUGGAAUACGCCAGGUCAAGCUAACGAAUGUGUGGAGUUUCUUAAAAGUAAAUUACUUAAUUGCGAAUUUGAUGUAAAGCUAAUUAGCCGCAUGCCAGAUGGAUAUGUUAUUAAAUUUUUGAAUCAUCACGCAGACAUUUGCAACGAAAUGUUGGAGUAUGGAAUGCCGCUCACUAAGAUGGAUAAACAAUUUAUCAUUAUCAUGGUUGUGGGAAUAAUUAUAUUCGUUGCGACAGGAUUGGGGGUCCUCUGGUAUCUCAAAUGGAAAAUUCGUUUUAAGUAAAGCCUUUGAAGAAUGAAAUUUCAUGUACGAAAAUUCUUGUUUUUUAUCAGAUAUAAAUUAUGCGUACAGAAAGAAUUUGUUCGAGUUACUGUAUAAAGUUUAUAAGUGUUUAAUAAAUACUGACAUCUUUAUAUAUAGUA